AUGAACCGGGAGAGAGCUGUGCCAGGGCCCGUGGUGGAGGCGGUCAUGCCCGGCGCGAAUAGGGAACGAGUGGCACAAGUAGCGGGGGUGAGUCGCGACACCCUGGUGGGUCAGGCUCAGGACGGGGCAGAGGCGCUGGAGGCUGAGGCGGACAAGAGGCAGCAUGUGUCCCACAGAGAUGCACAGGCCGUGGACCAUCACCCCACAAGCCCCGCGCUGGUGCCGCCGCAGCAGGGCCCCUGCGCGGCGCACCGCACCACGUCUUUCUCGGUGCUGGACAUUUUGGACCCAAACAAGUUCACGAGCUGCCGCCGCGUGCCGCCUCACGAGCCCGAGCUGAGCGCGUGCGGAGCGGACAAGAGGCACGUGACCGCGGAGCGGGAGGCCAUGGAACCUGCGGAGCGCAAGGGCUUCAGCACAGAGGACUUCAGCUGCAAGGACAGCUUUGUGUACCGCGCUGCAGAAGACGAGGACUAUCAGCGCUCCGGGACCCCAGACUCUGAAGCAGCUGAUGGGGCGUACAGCAGUGAAGAAAGCAGCUCUGUGUUGAACAAUGGAGAUGCUGAGCUGAGCCAAGAGGCAAGAGACAAGAGCCCAUCAGGACACAUGUCCAACGGUCAAACUAACGGCUCUCAGGGUACACAGGGCAAACCCAAGAGGAAGCGCUCCGGCUCAGACUCUAAGUCUGGGAAGCCCCGCAGAGCGCGGACUGCCUUCACCUACGAGCAGCUGGUGGCUCUGGAGAACAAGUUCAAGUCCACACGUUACCUUUCCGUGUGCGAGCGCCUCAACCUGGCCCUGUCCCUGUCCCUCACAGAGACUCAGGUUAAGAUCUGGUUUCAGAACCGCCGCACCAAGUGGAAGAAGCAGAACCCAGGGGCCGAUACGUCAGCUCCUACUGGAGGAGGCGGUGGAGGGGGAGCAGGAGGCCUGGGCAGCCUGAGUCCUCUCAGCCCUUCUCCUCCAGUCAGCGGACACCUGACCAUGCACACGGGCUACGGGGGGCACCACCACCCCGCCACCGGAGGCCUGGUGCAGCUGCCCUUCCUAACAGCCAGCCACGUGCUGUCGCCCUUCAUGCUGGGGACACAGAGCUACGCAGCACCGGCCUUCUACAGCACACACCUGUGA